UAUGUCAGAGGAGGAUGAGGAGGAAAGCACUAAAUCAAGUGCACAGACUGAAGAAGAACAAGAUAUUCAUGAACAAUUCGGUUGGUUCAGUUAUGUUUUAACAGUUGACGAGAGCCUUAGAUCAAGAUUUAUUCAAAUCAAGGCUCUUGGUAAUAUCGUAAUUUCAAUUCUAUCUCUUGUUGGUCUUAUAUUUGGUGCGAUAGCUCUAUCAAAGAUAAAUGAUUAUAAGGAACUCGUGAAUAUGUCAGAUUAUCAGAGUUUACUUGGAGUUUUCUUAUUUAUGAUUCUAUUUCAGAACGGUAUUUCUAUUAUUUCUAUUUUAUUAGAUAUGAGAUAUUUUAAAGAGAAUAAGCGGUUAAAGAGGAGAGACGCAUUCUCUUUUCGGAAAAUGCAUUGGAUGGUUUUUCUUUUAGGUUUAAUUGGUUUUAUCAUAUCAUGCAUACUAUUAAGUAAGGAUAUACAAGGUGAUGUAAAGAAAGAGCUAAUGGAAAAUAUUCCUAAAUAUAGAACAAUUGGUAAAUUUAAAGCUGCCAUGGAUAAGAUACAACAAGAUGACGAAUGUUGCGGUAUUACUGGAAUUAAAAAUUGGUGGAUGUCAACAGAAUGGUACGAUUUCAAGAAUCUACCAAUAAAAAACAAUUAUAAUAGGAGUAGUCUAAAAAUGGUUCCAUUUUCAUGCUGUAUGAGAGAAAAUGUCAACAAACCAUGCGAGUAUAUGAACGCAGAAAAUUCAGAUACAAUUUAUAGGUCAGGAUGCUUAAAUAAAAUUGUUAAUUAUUGCAAGAAACUAUUUAAAUCCGCUGGAUGGCUCAUGUGGACCACAUCCGUUAUUCAAUUGAUCAUAGCUUUUAUAUCAAGAGUAGCAUACUUCUCGGUAAAGUAUCUUGAACACGACCCUACUCAAACGGUUACCUUAGAGAUAUUUAGUGGUACAUUUGUUUCGUUAGAAGAUAACGACGAAGAUGAAUUUCGUAAAGUUCAACUUAGAACAUCAAAAGAUGAAAGUGAAGAAUACGAAAAUGAAGAUGACGAUUAUGAUGACGAGGAGCAAACGUCUCGUUCAAGGAGAAAAAUAAGAUUUAAAUAUCAAAAGAAUAGAUUACAUAAUAGAAAAUUUAGAGAUAAUUAUUAUAAACUCUUAGAGAGCGAUCAUGAUGAUAAUUGGACAAAUAAUAACAUGUCAAUUGUAACAAAUUCAUACGACGAUCCUAGAAAGUUAUUAUUGGAAAGUAGGAAAAAUAAGGAAAGAAUUAUACAAAUAGGAAACUCAUCUCUAACACCCCAGAAAGAUAAUGAGAUUUACCAAGGUUUAACGUCGGGUUUAGAGUUUAAUCCAAAGGAAGUUUUAGCUCGAAUGAUGGGUAAACAAGAAAAGGAGGUUGGUCAGAAGGCAUACAAGUAUUUUCAAGAUGGGGAGUAUCUAGCAGUCUUAAAAGAAUUAUCACCUCUUAGUAAAAAAUGGCCUCUUGAUGCAAGACUCUCGCACAAUAUAGCAGUAACAGAAUACAUUAAAGGUGGAUUAACGACAACCGCAACAUUUUGCCAGCAAUUAACAAAAGCCGCUGAACUAGCCAAAGGAAACAUUGACCAUUUAGAGACGUUAGAAGAUGCUGACCAGUGUCCUUAUUUCUACAAUAAAGCUUUAAUAUUCAUACAUCUACGAAAAUAUGAUUUGGCUCUAAAAUACUUAAAAAAUAUUAAUAUUAUCUCUUCACCUAUUGAGGAACCUCUUGGAAAAGCAGCUGCUCUUGCAUUAAUCGAAUUAUAUUUAAUAACGUUUCAACCUCAUAAAGCCCUUGAAGAAAUAACAAGAAUUGAACAUUGUCUGUCGAAUGGUAAUUCAAAGUCAUCAACCCCGGAAUCUACCAAGGAUGACGACUCAGAAAAAGAUGAGCACCGCAUGUCAACAAAACAAUUAAACGAUUAUAAGGCCUCGUUAGCGGUUUAUAAAGUUAGAUGUUAUUUGGGUUUAAAGUCAAUUAAAAACUGUAAAAGAGAGCUAAAGAAUUUAGCUAACUACGGGAAAAUACCUGUUUCAAUGUCCAUACUUCGUUGCAAUUUUGAAUAUUUGAAACGUAAUGAGCAGAAAGCAUUAAAAAUAUUAAACGGAGAAAAAUCAUCCUGGAAAAUAACAGACUUAGGAUUACAUCAUCCGACAGUUUUUUAUAAUAAUUCGGCCGUUUUACAUUUCGCUAUUAACAAACCAAAUGUAGCUCUUCAUUAUUUACACAAUGCGGCCAAAGAAGAUAAAAAAGCAACAGAAGAAUUCAAGCCUAUAAGCAAAGAGAGUGAAUCAAACGGAAGACCAGUACAUUGUUUGAAUAUUAGUGUUAAACAUAUCAUAAAUUAUAACACGGGUAUUGCUCUGCUCUUCGCCAACAAAUCAGAGUUAGCGUUUGAAUAUUUAUUACAAUCAACCGAAGUAUUUCCUCAUAACCCUCGUUUAUGGUUACGAUUAGCGCAAUCAUGCGUUCAAUUACAACAAGCAAAAGAUGAACUACACGAUCCGGGUCAUCCAGUAGCUAAGGUUAUUGGUCGAGGUAUGCAUCGAAAAUUAUUAUUAAACAAAGGAAAUUGGAAAAAUGAAAUGGCAACAGUAUAUUUAAAAAAUGGAUCUGAAGUACCAUGCUUAGAAUUUGCUGCUCAAUGUUUACGUACGGCGCUAUCACUAUUACCAAAACAUCUACCGGACGAAUCAAAUAUAGAUGAUUUUAAAGGUGAAGAAUUAAUUUUACCAGCUCCACCUGCCACGCCUUUGAGGUUUUUUGAAAUAAUUCAUGUAAAAAACGAAAUUUUAACAACUUCGGCGUAUGUUCAUCUAUCCUUAAAUAAUUAUUUAGUAGCAAAAGAAUAUGCCGAUCUUCUUCUUACCCAAGCGUACUUAUCGCCUGCCCAAGAGUUUGCUGGAAAAAUGUACUUGGCUGAAGCUCUUGUUCACACCGAUUACGUAGUAGACGCUAUCGCCUGUUUAGAAGCUGAUGACGCAACGAAUGUCAGCACCGUUCCCCCUGUACCAGCAGACGUUGAAAUAACACCUCCUAACCCUACCAACUGGCCACAGGUAGAGGACGCUAAAAAAGCCAGAAGUUUAAUGACGUAUAACUUGGCGGCAACUCAAGCUAUUAGAGGCGACUUUACCAGAGCUCUUAGCUCUUUAGAAGUUGCAGAAAAAGAACUAGGACGCCGCGCACCUGCUCAACUAUCGUUUUUACGUCUAUACUUAUUGCUAAUGGACGGUAGAAGGCAAGAAGCCGUAGACUAUGUAUCAAAGACUUUUGGACAAAUUGGACUAUAA